AUUCUCUAAAUAAAGUAGGCGGAAGCUGACUAAAUUUCACAAUAAAACUGAGAUCUAGAUUAGAAUCUAGUUGUUAGAUCUACUAGACUCUAGGCUAGACCUAAUUGAUAGAGACUUCAAUUGGAUAAUCAGGUUACAGACUAGAAAAGAGGUUGUUUUUUAUUGUUUGUUGUCUGUGGUUUGCUAAAUUGAUAAGAUGAGGACUGCUAUUUACUGCCUUGUUGUGGGAUUGUUGUGUGUUUGUUCAUUAGCACAAGACGCAAGCACAACCACAACUACCACAGUGACCACCACAUCUACUGAAAAGCCUAUCACCACUUCUGCUGAAAAAGCAACUACGACACUUAAAUCUACAACUGUUAAACCUGAAGAUGAAUGUACCAAAAACAAUGGCUCUUGUGACAAAUGUGUAGAAAAUGCUAAGUGUAUGUACUGCUAUAGCAAUGAUGCCUGCAUGUUUUACCCAACUGGAAAAGUUCUUCCACCAUCUUCUUACUGUGCAUUGGAUAAAGCUAGAUGGGGAGUGUGCUGGUUGAACUUUGAAGCUCUGAUAAUAUCAAUGAGUAUUAUUGGUGGGCUCAUCCUUAUCACAAUUGUGUCCUGCUGUAUCUACUGCUGCUGCUGCCGAGGUGGAAACAAAAAGAAAUAUGACAAAGAAGAUGGGAAGUUUGAGUCGCAGAAAAUGGAAAGAAAAGCAAAGCAAGAGGAGAGAAGAUCAGAGAGAAAAGGUCGACUGGAUGAAAUCAGGCGGAAAUAUGGUCUGGUUAAAGAUGAUGCACCAUACCAGCGAUUUGAUGCAUAAACAGUUCAAGGCUUGCUUGGUUGUAACAGUUGAGCUUAAGAUUUAAGGAAAUUAAAAAAAGACAAACCAUUUGGGAAAAUUAAACAAAGUGAAAUUACAGUUUAUUGUGCUUGUGUGGUAAAUAUUGCUACUUGAAUCAUACUAUGGGGCAAAAUUAGGAUGAUUUUUUACUAUUUAAUAAAUUUAUAAGUAAUUAAAAUAUGUUAAGUACUUAUUAAUAUUCUAACUUUGAAAUGAAUCAUGUUUGAAUUAAAACAAUAUCAUAUUCAGAUAGACAGCUAAUGUGUGAUUUUUGAGGACUUAAAUAUUAUAUAUUUACUAAUUUACUGAAUUUGUAUAGUUAUUAAUUUGGUUAGUAUGCUGGAUGUUAAUUUUUUCGUAAAUCUAGUAUUGUUUUACAUUUGAUGCUAGUUAUGUGGUAUUUUCAUAGUUAUAAAAUUAAUUUUAAUAAUAAUCAGCUAGUAAUAGUGAAAGCUGUUCCUUAAUUUGUUCUUCAAAUUAAAAUCUUAUUUUAUUUUUGUUGUAAGGUAGUGGUUUCUAUACCAAACAUUUGAAAUUGUGUAAUCAUGUGCAGUUAUUAGUGAAGAGAUUUUAUGUAGUUUGAAGAGACACAUUAUAAAAUACUACUUUCAGGCCUAUUUAUAAACAUUUUUAAUUAUAGUACUGUUUUGUGGCUUAAUUGUUUUUCCAAAAUAAUUAGUCUUAACUUAUACUUAUACCAAAUCAGUCACUGGCAUCUAGUAGCUUCAAUAAAUCUGUAUUAUUUCUUAAAUAGUAAAAAGUUUAAAAGAUUAGCUCAAAUAUUUUCCAUAAUAAAGUGAUUUGUGCCUUAAAAUAUUUGAUUUCAGUAUUGAAAAUAUUUUCCAGUGAAAAUUAUUAUUCAUAUAUCUAAGAGCUUUUUAACGUUGUAUAUAAUCUAUCAUGAGUUUUUAAAUCAUCUUUUUUACUGCAUGUUUAAGCUGCCAUGCUUCAUUAAUAUGCUUCUACUUGAUAGUCAUUACAGUCCAAAUGAGUUUUCUUGAGAAACAAAAUUUAAUUAAUCCAAAUAUAAACUGGUCUUCCAAUAUAGUACAUUCCAUAAUUCUCAUAGGCUACCUACUUUGAUAAAUGUGUUGAAACGUUCUUUAAUUAGUUUACUAAUGGUGGUCAUUCAAGCACAACUGUCCGGUGUAUGAGGCAAAAAUAAACACAUGCACAUAUUGGUUAAAUGUUUGAAUUUAAAUUUUUAAAUUUUUUUUUGUCCCUUUGAUCAUAUUACAUGUGUUUACAAUAAUUUAAAGUCUGUACCCUUCCAAAGGGACAACUUGUAAUUAACUAAGCUAGUCACAUACAUUUGUAUUAAUUGUUAGCAGUCAUAUUUUGUUUGGUCAGGUAAUGAUGAUGUAGAAGUAUAAAACUGACUUUUAAGAAAUCAGUUCCACCGAAGGUAACCAUAUUGUCUUGUGAUUAUGUUUUAGUGUAGAGAAAUUCAUGUUGUGAUUUGAAAGUUAAAAUAAAUGCCUCAUAUUAUCUCUUGUUUUUAUCCAUAUAUGCAACUAAUUGUUUUUGUAUUUGGUUUUAAAAAAUUUUUAAACUUUAAAAUUUUGUAUAUAUUUACUUAUCUGCAGUGCAUAAAAAGCUUUAACCUUGUUUUAUAGACUUGUUUCAAAGCUUUUGAACUAAAACAUAAUUUGAACUUCUUUUUCUAAAGUAAAUUUUAAACCGAAGAUUUUCUUGGUUAUUAUUUUUUAUUUAAUGACUUGGUAAUUAUAAGAAAUAUCUCAAAUUAUCUUAACUCAGAUUAUCUUAUUCCAGAGUUAUAAUUGUCUGCCCCACAAUGCACUUGACUAAGUGAAACUUUGUGCAAGAAUUUCAUAAUUGUUUUCAGAAAGUAGAUGAAAGAUUGCAUUUUUAAAAGGCACUAGCUUACUUUUGUAUGUUUGAUGUCAAGAAAAUAAUUCACUAAUAAUUGUUAUUAGCAGUAUACUAUUAUAGUUUAAUUUGUAUUUAUGUGAGCAUAAUGUAGAGUUUUGUUAUUAAUACUUCUAUUAGAUAAACAAAACAAAAAAGGCCACCAUAUGCUUUAAAAACCCAUUAAGUUUGACUUUGUGCUUGCCCCUUUUCACAACAAAAACAAGUUCCAUUUUUUGGUUUGUGGCUCAUUCUCAGCAACCUUGACCCAUGUGCUGUUUGGUUGGCAUGGUUAUUCAUUUUUCUUACAAGUUCAAAUGUCUCUUACUUUUCCCUAUUUUUUUUUUUGUAAUAUGUCAUUAUGUACUUGUAGUUGUUUUUUGUUUGUUUUA